UUUUUCUCUCUCCCUCUCCCUCCACGGUUCCCUGGGGCAUCCGCUGGGCAUUCCUGGGCUAACUAUGGUCGCACUCUAUCUGUUACUCUUCGCCGGUCUCCUGCUAGCGCCGGGGUACGCCUUCAAUCUGGACGCAGAGAGCCCGACUGUAUACUCGGGCUCCGACGGCAGCUACUUCGGCUUCGCGGUGGAUUUCUUCGCCCCCGACCAGUCUUCGAUGUUUCUCCUCGUGGGUGCUCCAAAGGCCAACACUACUCAGCCUGGGAUUGUAGAAGGAGGCCAGGUGCUCAAGUGUAACUGGAAUUCCAAUCAAAAGUGUCAGCCCAUCAUAUUUGAUGCUAGAGGCAACAGAGAAUUUGCUGUAGAUGAUCUUUUGGAAUUCAAAUCACAUCAAUGGUUUGGGGCGUCUGUGAGAUCUAAAGAAAAUAAAAUUUUGGCAUGUGCUCCUUUGUACCACUGGAGAACUGAACAGAAAGCGCAGAGGGAGCCUGUGGGAACUUGUUAUCUUUACAACGGGUCUAAAGCUGUUGAAUAUGCUCCUUGCAGGUCAACAAGCACUGAUGCUGAAGGACAGGGCUUUUGUCAAGGUGGAUUCAGCAUUGAUUUUACUCAGAAAGACAGAGUUCUACUUGGAGGACCUGGAAGUUUUUAUUGGCAAGGUCAGCUAAUCUCUGAUCAAGUGGCUGAGAUUGUGUCAAAAUACAGCACUACAGUCUACACAACCAAAUACGAUCACCAGUUAGCAACACGUUCAGCUAGUGCUACUUUUGAUGACAGUUAUUUGGGUUAUUCAGUUGCCGUAGGGGAUUUCAAUGGUGAUGGCAUAGAAGAAGUGAUGACAAAAUGUAACCUCACAAACUAUGCAGAUUUGCUUGUAGGUGCCCCACUCUUUAUGGAUCGUGGUUCAGAUGGCAAGCUUCUGGAAGUGGGCCAGGUGUCUCUUUACCUCCAACAAGCCUCUGGAGGGUUUCAAAGUUCAGCCAUAAAGUUGAAUGGCUUUGAAGUCUUUGCAAGAUUCAGCAGUUCAAUUGCCCCUUUGGGAGACCUUGACCAGGAUGGCUUCAAUGACAUAGCAGUUGCAGCACCUUACGGUGGAGAAGACAAGAAAGGACUGGUUUAUAUCUACAAUGGGAGAGCCACAGGAUUGAAUGGAAUGCCAUCUCAGGUCCUUGAAGGACAAUGGGCCUCUGAAGCAAUGCCACCAAGUUUUGGAUAUGCCCUGAAAGGAGCUAUUGAUGUAGACAAAAAUGGCUACCCAGAUUUGAUUGUAGGAGCUUUUGGUGUUGACCGAGUUGCUUUAUACAGAGCCCGACCAGUCAUUACUGUGAAUGCUGGAUUAGAAGUUACCCCAACAAUUUUAAAUCCAGAGAACAAAAUCUGUGAAGAAAAUGGUCAAAAGGUUUCUUGUUUUAAAGUGAAGUUCUGCUUAAAAGCUGACGGCAAAGGGAAUCUGCCCACGGAACUCACUUUCCAUGUGGAGCUCCUGUUGGACAAACUUAAACAAAAAGGUGCCAUAAGGCGAGCUCUGUUUCUCCACAACAGACAACCUGGUCACUCAAAGAACAUGACAGUCUCCAAAGGAGGUCGAAAGAGUUGUGAAGAACUUGAUGCUUUUUUAAGGGAUGAAUCUGAAUUUCGAGAUAAGCUUACUCCAAUUACUAUAUUCAUGGAAUAUCAACUGGAUUACAAAACUGCUUUGGAUUCUACUGGUUUACAGCCCAUCCUCAACCAGUUCACGCCUGCAAACAUUAGCAGACAGGCUCAUAUUCUUUUGGAUUGUGGGGAAGAUAAUAUCUGCCGCCCAGAUUUAAAAGUGACUGUUGACAGUGAUCAGAAACAAAUCUACAUUGGAGACGACAAUCCAUUAACCCUAAUUGUCAACACUCAGAACUUAGGCGAGGGAGCCUAUGAAGCUGAACUGUUUGUAACCAUCCCACCACAAGCAGACUUCAUUGGUAUAGUUCGCAACAACGAGGCUCUCGCAAGACUUUCAUGUGCAUUUAAGACCGAGAAUCAAACUCGGUUGGUUGUCUGUGAUCUUGGAAAUCCUAUGAAAGCAGGAACAAAGCUCUCAGCUGGUCUUCAUUUUAGUGUUCAUCAACAAUCUGAGAUGGAUACGUCUGUCAAGUUUGAUCUACAGAUCCGUAGCUCCAAUUUGUUUAACAACCUAAGCCCUGUGAUCUCAUAUCAAGUGGAUCUGGCCAUUUCAGCUGCUGUAGAAAUCAGAGGGGUCUCCUCUCCUGAUCAUAUUUUCCUCCCAAUUCCCAACUGGCAACCAAAAGAAAAUCCAGAAACAGAGGAUGACAUAGGACCUUUAGUUCAACACAUCUAUGAGCUCAGAAACAACGGUCCAAGUACCUUCAGCAAGCUGAUGCUCAAUCUUCAGUGGCCAUAUAAAUACAACAAUAAUACUCUUUUAUAUAUUAUAAAAUAUGAAAUUGAAGGACCCAUGAACUGUACAUCUGAUAUGGAGAUUAACCCACUAAAAAUUAAGGUAUCAACUUCUCAGCAAGAUGAAAGGAAUGAAACGCUUAGUGGAGAAGAUAUCCGCAAUCACCAAAUCCAUCGGCGAGAUCUAAGUGUUCCAGAGGAAGAUGUACAAACUUUGGGUUGUGGAAACGCAGAUUGUUUAAAAAUAUUUUGCCAAGUUGGUCGCCUAGAGAGGGGAAAAACUGCAAUUCUCUAUUUGAAAUCUCGCCUGUGGGCUCAGACUUUCAUGACUAAAGAAAACCAAAACCACUCCUAUUCUCUCAAGUCAUCAGCUUCCUUCAAUGUCAUCGAGUUCCCCUAUAAGAAUCUUUCCUUUCCUGAAGAUGUCCACAAUUCCACAAUAGUUACCACAAACAUCUUGUGGGGUAUUCAGCCAGCACCAAUGACAGUACAAGUAUGGGUAAUCAUACUGGCUGUCUUAGCAGGAUUAUUACUUUUGGCCCUUCUCGUUUUUAUAAUGCACAAGGUGGGUUUCUUCAAACGUGUGCGGCCACCUCAGGAAGAACAAGAAAGAGAACAACUUCAACCUCAUGAAAAUGGAGAAGGGACCUCAGAAGCUUAAGCAGUAUUUUAACUGCAUCUUUUACCAAAAGAUUUAGAGCGAUUGCCAACUUCCUUUAGAAAUAUGCAUUUUGAUCCUUGAGGACUGCAUAGCAAAUGCCUUUUUUUGCUAUUGGCAAAAUAACUGGGAACUGAAAGUGACAUACAGUAUGUUUGUUUCCCUCUUAUUAAUCAAGUUCACAUUUGUGACUAAUACAGAUGCACUGACUAAUAUAUUUUAGUGCCACAAUUUUGCUUACUGAUGUCCAAAAGGCAAAGUGAGGAGAUGGGGUUUGGUUGGUGUUUCAUUUGUUUUUUUUAAAAAAAGUAUUGGUACAACUUGAUCUGCUCCACUACUUGCAAACUUGUAACAACUAUAACUGUCUAGAGAACAUGAACAUAAACUGAAGACCUACUCCUGAACUUUUUAACUGGACAUUCCCAAGGUACUCACCAGUUUCUGAAGAAUUUCUUCACCGUUUCUAAGUUGGAGAUAUCAAUGGCACGAAGCAUUGAGUGAAAUAACUGACAGAUCUACUUCAAUUGACUAUUUAGGGAUAACUUCUGUAUAGAAGAGGACCUUACUUGUCACCAUGAUGUGUUUCCAUUUAAGGAAUUGCUGUCCAUUUUAUGGAAUCUUUCAUCUGGAAAGAUGUACUUUGGUUGUAUGGAAGAUCAUAGAUCGCAUUUAACAGUUCCGCUAUCCAGUUUUAUGUAGCAUCAUGAAAUUGACUGAUUCAUGCAAUCUUUUUCUGAUUCCCUUUUUUAAUUUUCUGUGGUUUUUUUACAUUAAAAAAAAAUCAAAAUCUGUGCCAAGUCAUCCAAAUUGUACAUUUAGGAUAAAUCAUUCUAAGAUUUUCCUGUAUAAUUUAAUUCUGUUUUUGAAGCUCCAGGUUUACAAAUAGUUUGGAAUCAUUUCUGGUUAAAAGUUAGACCUUGAAAGACUUCAGGAGUUAUAAAACAAUAAAACCCAUAGUGAUUUCAGUAAGCUCUCUGCUAUUCCUGUAGAGCUUCUUCAUUAUAAUACAUUACAGAUUUCAACUCUACUUUUCACAUAGAAAUUUAAAAAUUUCCUU